CUUCUGCUUGGCACCGGUUUACCCAUAGUGCACCGCAACGCUUCCUUUCUUCUUGGUUGUGUGGUGGUCCAAAAUGUCGCUUUUAGAUGGUCCGUUAAACGUGUUCGGCCAGAGAACAACUGGCGAAUCUGUUCGCACUCAAAAUGUCAUGGCCGCAGCAUCUAUUGCCAACAUCGUUAAGAGCUCCCUUGGACCAGUUGGUCUCGACAAGAUGUUGGUGGACGACAUUGGGGAUGUGACCAUCACCAACGAUGGAGCAACCAUCCUGAAGCUGCUGGAAGUGGAGCACCCAGCUGCCAAAGUCCUGUGUGAGCUGGCUGACCUUCAGGACAAAGAAGUUGGAGAUGGGACCACGUCUGUGGUAAUUCUUGCUGCAGAAUUGCUGAAGAGUGCAGAUGAGCUGGUUAAACAGAAGAUCCACCCCACAUCAGUCAUCAGUGGCUAUCGUCUGGCUUGCAAAGAGGCAGUGCGCUACAUUAAUGAGAAUCUUACUAUUGGGACAGAUGACCUGGGUAGAGAGUGUCUAAUCAAUGCAGCCAAAACCUCCAUGUCUUCCAAAAUCAUUGGAGUUGAUGCAGACUUCUUUGCUAACAUGGUGGUGGAUGCUGCCAUGGCUGUGAAAUUUGUGGACAGCAAAGGAGUGGCCAAAUAUCCCAUCAACUCUGUGAAUGUGCUGAAAGCCCAUGGCCGAAGCCAGAAAGAGAGUUUCUUGGUGAACGGAUAUGCACUGAACUGCACAGUGGGUUCACAAGGAAUGGUGAAGCGUAUUGUAAAUGCUAAGAUCGCUUGUCUGGACUUCAGCCUGCAGAAGACCAAAAUGAAGAUGGGUGUCCAAGUCGUUAUCAGUGACCCAGAGAAGCUUGACCAGAUCAGACAAAGGGAGUCUGACAUCACCAAGGAAAGGAUACAGAAGAUUUUGGCUGCAGGGGCAAAUGUCAUACUGACCACUGGUGGCAUUGAUGACAUGUGUCUGAAGUACUUUGUGGAUGUUGGAGCCAUGGCAGUAAGGAGGGUUCUAAAGAGGGACCUAAAACGUAUCGCCAAGGCAACAGGAGCCACCGUCUGCCCCUCGCUCACCAAUCUAGAAGGAGAGGAAUCGUUUGACGCCACCAUGCUCGGCCAGGCUGAUGAGGUUGUGCAGGAGCGUGUCUGUGAUGAUGAACUCAUCCUUGUAAAGAAUACCAAAGCACGCACAUCAGCCUCCAUUGUUCUGCGCGGAGCAAACGACUUCAUGUGUGAUGAGAUGGAGCGGUCUCUGCAUGAUGCUCUGUGCGUGGUAAAGAGGGUGCUUGAGUCUAAGUCUGUGGUUCCUGGAGGUGGUGCUGUGGAGGCAGCUUUGUCCAUUUACCUGGAGAACUAUGCUACCAGCAUGGGUUCCAGAGAGCAACUGGCCAUUGCUGAAUUUGCUCGGUCUCUUCUCGUCAUCCCCAAGACGCUGGCUGUGAAUGCAGCACAGGACUCCACUGACCUGGUGGCCAAGCUGCGGGCCUUCCAUAAUGAGGCUCAGGUCAACCCCGAACGCAAAAAUCUCAAAUGGAUUGGUCUGGAUUUGGUGAAUGGCAAACCCAGAGACAACCGUCAGGCCGGAGUGUAUGAACCUACCAUGGUUAAAACAAAGAGCCUCAAGUUUGCCACCGAGGCUGCGAUCACCAUCCUUCGCAUUGACGAUCUUAUCAAACUUUUCCCAGAGCAGAAAGAGGGUGGGCACUCGUACAGUGAUGCAGUGGCAUCUGGAUCUCUGCAGGGUUGAAGGGCUAGUUGCUUGCAAUAGGUUCAGUCUGUAUUUAUGACAUUAUCUCUUAAUGGCUGUUGCUCUAGUGUAGGCUCUGCACUGCCUGUUUACUGUUCUCCCACCCCCUCUUGGAGGCUCCUGCUUCCAGAGGAACUGUGUUUUCUUUCUUUGGUCACAUAAUAAAGCUCCAAUUGGUGCAAAUGA